AUGAGUAUCUCUGUGAAUAUAUCCACUGGAUUCCUGGGCACUAUCUCUGAGCUCCUCCAGGUUGUCUUUCUGCUCAGCCUAGUUCUACUGCUGCUCAAGGCAGCUCAGUUCUACCUGGACAGGCAGUGGCUACUCAAAGCUUUGCAACAAUUCCCAUCACCCCCCUCCCACUGGCUCUUUGGGCACAAGCAUGAGUUUCAAACAGAUCAGGAGCUGCCACAGUUGAUGAAAUGGGUGGAGAAAUUCCCAUGUGCCUGUCCUCGAUGGCUAUGGGGGAGCAAGGCUUUUAUCUCAAUAUAUGAUCCUGACUACAUGAAGGUGGUUCUGGCGAGAUCAGAUGUAAAGACUCAUGAGCGCUACCGAUUCCUAGUUCCCUGGAUUGGCUAUGGCUUGAUUCUAUUGGAGGGACAGACGUGGUUCCAGCACCGACGUCUGCUGACUCCAGCCUUCCACUAUGACAUCUUGAAGCCCUAUGUGAGACUCAUGGCUGAUUCUGUCCAAGUGAUGCUGGACAAGUGGGAGAAGCUAAUAAUCGAGGACCCAUAUCUGGAGCUCUUUGAACAUGUCUCCUUGAUGACUCUGGAAACCAUCAUGAAGUGUGCUUUCAGUCACAAGGGCAGCAUUCAGUUGGACAAGAACUCCAAUUCCUACGUCCAUGCCAUCAGGAACAUGAACAACCUGGUCUUUUCCCGUGUGAGGAAUGCCUUCUAUCAGAAUGAUUUUAUCUACAGACUAACUCCUGAUGGUCGCUUAGCUCACCACUCCAGUCAGCUCUCCCAUCAACACACAGACCAAGUGAUCAAACUGAGGAAGGCUCAACUUCAAGAGAAUGGAGGGCUGGAAAAUAUCAAGAAGAAGAAGCACUUAGAUUUUCUGGACAUCCUCCUGAGUACAAACACAGAGGAUGGGAGCAACUUGUCUGACCAAGAACUUAGGGCUGAAGUGGAUACGUUCAUGUUUGCCGGCCACGACACUACAGCCAGUGGCAUCUCCUGGACCCUCUAUGCCCUGGCUCUGAAUCCCAAACAUCAGCAAAAGUGCCGAGAGGAAAUCCAAAGCCUCCUGGAAGAAGGUGACUCCAUCACUUGGGACCACCUGGGCCAGAUGCCAUAUACCACCAUGUGCAUCAAAGAGGCUCUGCGACUCUACCCACCAGUGCCAGUUAUAGGCAGAACACUCAUCAAGCCUAUCACCUUCCCUGAUGGACGCUCCUUACCCAAAGGAAUCCAAAUCGCACUGAACUUUUAUGCCCUCCAUCACAACCCGAAAGUAUGGCUGAACCCAGAGGUGUACGAUCCUUUUCGGUUUGCACCAGGCUCUGCUCAGCAUACCCAUGCUUUCCUGCCCUUUUCAGGAGGAUCAAGGUGA